GAGCGGGGCCGGGCGGGCGCCGGCGGCAGCAACGCGGAGCCCUCUACACCCCAGCUGGCCCUUCCCUGGAUCUCACCCCACACCUGGGCAUCACAGCUUGCCCUGGUACCACGUUUGGGGCAGGAACAUGUGCUUUGGGAGCUUUGCAACCCUGGGUCCUGCCAUGGCACCCGGGAAGACUGGGAAGAGCACGGGGCCCUUGGAGGACCCCUCAGUUACGCUUUUCCGGGAGUACCUGAGGAUCGACACUGUCCACCCCAAACCUGACUACGAGGCAGCCAUCCAGUUUCUGGAGCGCAUUGGCACAGACCUGGGCUUGACGUGCCAGAAAGUGGAGGUGUGCCAGGGCUACGUGGUGUUGAUCCUGACCUGGCCAGGCACCAACCCCCACCUGCGCUCCAUCCUCCUCAACUCCCACACUGAUGUUGUGCCCGUCUUCGAGGAGCACUGGACCUACCCACCCUUUGAGGCUGUGAAAGACUCACAAGGCAACAUCUAUGCCCGGGGUGCCCAGGACAUGAAGUGUGUCUCCAUCCAGUACCUCGAGGCCAUCCGAAGGCUGAAGACAGAGGGAAAAAGUUUUGCCCGCACCAUACACCUCACCUUUGUGCCUGAUGAGGAGGUGGGUGGCCACAAGGGCAUGGAGGUGUUUGUGCAGCGUCCCGAGUUCCGAGCACUCAACGUGGGCUUUGCCCUGGACGAGGGCCUGGCCAGCCCAUCUGACACCUUCAGUGUCUUCUAUGGCGAGAAGAGCCCGUGGUGGAUAAAGGUGAAGUGCAUGGGCAGCCCCGGGCAUGGGUCUCGCUUCAUCAGCAACACGGCAGCCGAGAAGAUGCACAAAGUCAUCAACUCCUUCCUGGCCUUCAGGGAGAGUGAGAGGCAGAGGCUCAAGUCCGACUCAAGCCUGACCCUAGGGGACGUCACUUCUCUAAACCUGACCAUGCUGGAGGGGGGUGUCUCCUUCAAUGUGGUGCCCUCUGAGAUGGCAGUUGGCUUUGACGUCCGCAUCCCACCCACCAUGGACCUGAAGGCCUUUGAGGAGCAGGUGGCUGCGUGGUGCCGUGAUGCUGGGGAUGGUGUCACCUAUGAGUUUUUCCAGAAAUGCAUGGACCAAAACGUCACCUCCACCGAGGAGUCAGACCCGUGGUGGAAAGCCUUCAGUGGGGCCUGCAGGGACAUGAAGCUGCAGCUCAAGCUUGAGAUCUUCCCAGCUGCCACUGACAGCCGCUACAUCCGAGCAGUAGGACACCCUGCUAUCGGCUUCUCGCCCAUGAACCGCACUCCGGUGCUGCUUCAUGACCACAACGAGUUCCUCAACGAGCAAGUCUUCCUGAGGGGCAUCGACAUCUAUGCCCGGCUCCUGCCUGCCCUGGCAUCGGUGCCCCCACUGCCCACUGAGGGCUGAGAGCCUGGUGAGGGGCAGGACGGGGGGUGCCAAGAAGCAGGACACAAGGCUUUACAAAGAGAGCAGGGAUGGGCACAGCAAACACCAGCCAGUGUGCCGGGCGCCAAGAUGGUACCAUCCCACGUUGGCUGCACUCAGGGCUGGCCUGAUGGUGACACUUGUGCUGAGUGUCCUGGCUGUGCCAUCAAAAUCUGGGUCCCAACCGCCCCCUGGAGGUUGUGCCCAUCUUGCCCAGGUGCCACCAGAGGCCCAUGCUUGGGUGCCUCCUGCCUUUCCUGGUGUCAGCAGUGCCUGCCCCUGUCCCUGUGCCACCUCUGGCUGUGCUGGCUGUGGGGUGAGGGGCUGGCUGGUGCCCCUCUCUGCCCGCUCACGCCUUGUCCUGCCUCCCUGCCCGCCCGCCCGGGGAGCUGGGGCCAGUGCCACCCAUCCUUGCUGUGCACAUCAAUAAAUCUCCUUGAUAAGCAGG